AGAAUGAUCAUAACAAAUCGCAAUACGGCAAUUUGAGAUAUUUUGAGGAUUGUGAGAAUUGAGAAGAUGUCGGCAACAGGUGAAGUUGAGAACCCCGCCGUCGUGCAGCCACCGACAGAGGCUCCCAAGGUUAAGGAGCAGGCUCCGGCCACUCAGAAUUCUGUUAAGGAGAAGAAACCUAGGUCUCCCAGAGAGAAGAAGCCUAAAUCUGCUAAGACUGUAACUCAUCCUCCUUAUUUUCAGAUGAUUAAGGAGGCUCUGUUGGCUCUGAACGAGAAAGGUGGAUCGAGUCCGUAUGCAGUUGCAAAAUACAUGGAAGACAAACAUAAGGAUGAAUUACCGGCGAAUUUCAGGAAAAUUCUAGGUCUUCAAUUGAAGAAUUCUGCAGCAAAGGGGAAGCUUCUCAAAAUCAAGGCUUCAUACAAGCUAUCUGAGGCUGGAAAGAAGGAGACUACAACAAAAACAUCUACCAAAAAGCUUCCCAAGGCCGAUCCUAAGAAGAAACCUAGAAGCACCAGGUCCACAGCCACUGCAGCGAAGAGAACAGAGACGCCGAAGAAAGCAAAAGCGACACAGAAACCGAAGAAAGUUGGAGGCAAAAGGACAAGGAAAUCUACUCCUGCUAAAGCCAAGCAGCCAAAGUCUAUCAAGUCUCCUGCUGCUAAAAGGGCCAAGAAGGUUGCAGUCUAAGUAUGACGGUGGGCUGAUACAGAGUAUAUAUAGGAGGAGUAAUGGUUUGCUUCUUGUUGUUCUGUGAAUAGGAAAAAAGAAGCUGUUACUUUUUGUCGUUGUAGUUUGUAGUGUAGGUAGUAGAAUCACAACCCCUUCUUUGGUUUGCUGAAGUUUGGUUAAUGAACGUUUUGUAUCUGUGCAAAUUAAGGUGUAGUGUUCUGUUAAAAAUCUACUUUUUUCUGCAA